AUGCAUUGGACUUCACUCGCUACUCUGGCCUUCGUUGCGCCCUCAAAUGCGCUGAUCCGCUUCGGAUGCUCGCAGCUCGUAGUAGACAGACUAGACCCACUGGUCAACCCUGGGAUGGAACCAUCCCCUCACCUCCAUCAAAUAAUCGGAGGCAACUCGUUCAACACCUCCAUGUACAAAGAGGAUCAUGAUCUCGCCAAGCUAUCGACUUGCACUUCUUGUCAACCUUCAGAGGAUUUCAGCAACUACUGGACUGCCUCGCUCUUCUUUCGCGCCCGCAAUGGUACAUAUAAGCGAGUACCACAGAAGGGCAAUGUUGGGUUCGAAGGCCAGCGGGGAGGGAUGACGGUCUACUAUAUGCAGGCUUCACUUGGGGACUACCAACAAAAGGCAAAAGUCAAAGCCUUUCAGCCGGGCUUCCGCAUGCUCAUCGGUUCUCCCACGGCUUCAACCAAGCCCGAAGCAGACAGAUACCCCCAACUCACGUACACAUGCCUUCAAGACAUGAACACGCGCUAUCCCGAAACAAAAGACUUUCCCUCAAAGCCCUGCCCCGCAGGCAUAAUGGUGAACCUGCGCUUCCCGACCUGCUGGAACGGCGUCGAUCUCGACAGUCCCGACCACAUCUCCCACAUGUCCUACCCGGCGAAUGGUACUUUUGAAAGCCAAGGCCCGUGUCCAGCAUCGCAUCCCGUACGCGUGGCGCAGGUGAUGUAUGAGGUGAUUUUCGAGACGAAGGCGUUUAACAAGAAGACUGAUUGGCCUGCUGAAGGCUCACAACCUUUCGUAUGGUCGUUUGGAGACACGACUGGCUUUGGCAAUCAUGGCGAUUAUGUAUUCGGCUGGAAGGACGACUCGCUGCAGAAUAUUCUGGAUGAGGAGUGUUAUGUGCAGUGUAAGACGAUGAAGACGCAGAGUAUUGAGGAGAUGAACAAGUGUAGUGUGUCGAGGAAGGUGAAUGAGAAUGUUGGGGAUGAUGACUGGAUCGAGGCUAUUCCGGGGCAGAAGACGCCGAUGGCUCAAGAGUGA